UGCACCGUCCCUACGGCUGUGAAGUUGAAUCCCAGGCCCUGAAUGAAGCCAUCAGGUGGAGCUCCAAGGAGAAUUUGCUUGGAGCCACUGAGAGUGACCCCAAUCUCUUUGUUGCACUUUAUGAUUUUGUUGCAAGUGGUGACAACACACUCAGCAUCACCAAAGGUGAGAAGCUCCGAGUCCUAGGUUACAACCAGAAUGGUGAGUGGAGUGAGGUACGCUCUAAGAAUGGACAGGGGUGGGUACCAAGCAACUAUAUCACCCCAGUGAACAGCCUGGAGAAGCAUUCCUGGUACCAUGGGCCAGUGUCCCGAAGCGCGGCAGAAUAUCUGCUUAGCAGCCUUAUCAACGGCAGCUUUCUUGUUCGGGAAAGUGAGAGCAGUCCUGGGCAGUUAUCCAUCUCGCUUAGGUACGAGGGACGUGUAUACCACUACAGGAUCAAUACCACCACAGAUGGAAAGGUGUAUGUGACAGCAGAAAGCCGAUUUAGCACUUUGGCAGAGCUUGUUCAUCAUCACUCUACGGUGGCUGAUGGGCUGGUGACAACCUUGCACUACCCAGCACCGAAGUGCAAUAAGCCUACAGUCUAUGGAGUGUCCCCCAUCCACGACAAGUGGGAAAUGGAACGGACCGAUAUCACCAUGAAGCACAAACUCGGGGGUGGCCAGUAUGGCGAGGUGUACGUUGGCGUCUGGAAGAAAUACAGCCUUACUGUUGCUGUGAAAACGCUAAAGGAAGACACCAUGGAGGUGGAGGAAUUCUUAAAAGAAGCUGCUGUCAUGAAAGAAAUCAAGCAUCCUAAUCUAGUACAGCUACUAGGGGUAUGUACCUUGGAGCCACCUUUUUACAUAGUGACGGAAUACAUGCCCUAUGGAAACCUACUUGACUACUUGCGGGAGUGCAACCGAGAAGAGGUGAGCGCCGUGGUGCUGCUCUACAUGGCCACACAGAUCUCCUCCGCUAUGGAGUACUUGGAGAAAAAAAAUUUCAUCCAUCGAGACUUAGCAGCUCGUAAUUGCUUAGUAGGAGAGAAUCAUGUGGUCAAGGUUGCUGAUUUUGGCUUAAGUAGAUUAAUGACUGGAGACACCUAUACUGCCCAUGCUGGAGCGAAAUUCCCUAUCAAAUGGACAGCACCAGAAAGCCUGGCCUACAAUACUUUCUCAAUCAAGUCUGAUGUCUGGGCCUUUGGGGUACUGUUAUGGGAAAUUGCAACCUAUGGGAUGUCACCAUAUCCGGGUAUUGACCUGUCUCAGGUCUAUGAUCUGUUGGAGAAAGGAUAUCGAAUGGAGCAGCCUGAAGGGUGUCCACCAAAAGUCUAUGAACUUAUGAGGGCAUGCUGGAAAUGGAGUCCCUCUGACAGGCCAUCAUUUGCUGAGACACAUCAAGCUUUUGAAACUAUGUUCCAUGACUCCAGCAUAUCUGAAGAGGUAGCUGAGGAGCUUGGGAGAACAGCUUCCUCUUCAUCCAUCGUACCAUACCUGCCUCGAUUGCCCUUACUCCCUUCCAAGACCAGGACCCUGAAGAAGCAGGCAGAGAACAAAGAGAACAUAGAUGGGACCCAAGACUCUGCGGAGCCCUCUGCUUCCAGCUCGGCACCAGGGUUUAUUAGAAGCACACAGCCUCCUAGCGGGUCCCCAGCACUGCCUCGCAAACAGAGAGACAAGUCACCUAGUAGCCUCUUGGAAGAUGCCAAAGAGACCACUUUUACUAGAGACAGAAAGGGAGGCUUCUUCAGCUCCUUCAUGAAGAAGAGAAAUGCUCCAACACCUCCCAAACGCAGCAGCUCCUUUCGUGAAAUGGAAAAUCAGCCUCACAAGAAAUAUGAGCUCACGGGUAACUUCUCAUCUGUUGCUUCCCUGCAGCACACUGAUGGGUUUUCUUUUACUCCUGCCCAACAAGAGGUGAAUCUGGUUCCCCCCAAGUGCUCUGCGGGGAGCUUUGUCCAGAGGAGCUUUUGCAGUGAGGAUGGCAGUGGCGAUGGUGGCGGUGAUGGUGGCAGUAGUGGUGGAGGAGGAGGGGGGAGUGGAAGCACUGGUGGUGGGUGGUCAGGCAUCACUGGCUUCUUUACACCACGCUUAAUCAAAAAGACAUUGGGCUUACGAGCAGGUAAACCCACUGCUGGUGAUGAAGCUUCCAAGCCUUUUCCAAGGUCAAACUCUACAUCUUCCAUGUCCUCAGGGCUUCCAGAGCAGGAUAGGAUGUCAAUGACCCUUCCCAGGAACUGCCAGAGGUCCAAAAUCCAACUGGAAAGGACAGUGUCCACCUCUUCUCAGCCAGAGGAGAGCACGGGUAGGUCAAGUGACCUGAUUCCCAAAAAGUUAGAGGAAGGCACUGCCCUGUCCAGGGACAGACCAAAAGCCAAACUUUUACCCAGAGGCACUACAGCUCUUCCUCUCCGAAGCCCGUCAGGGGAUGCAGCUGUUAUAGAGAAGGACUCAGCAGGGUCAGGGGCCAGUGCUGUCCCCAAGAGUAAAGAAAAGAAUGGUGCAGCCCGGCUCGGAAUGGCAGGACUCCCGGAGGACGGAGAAAGGCCAGGGUGGUCAUCUCCAGCCAAGGCUGCGACAGUACUUCCAACCGCCCACAACCACAAAGUGCCGGUUCUCAUUUCACCCACUCUGAAGCAUGCUCCGGCUGAUGUCCAGCUCAUUGGCACAGACUCUCAGGGGAAUAAAUUCAAGCUCCUAUCUGAGCAUCAGGUCCCAUCUUCUGCAGAUAAGGACCGACCACGACGGGUAAAACCAAAGUGCGCUCCACCUCCACCCCCAGUGAUGAGGCUUUUACAGCACCCACCCACGUGCCCAGACCUCACAGAAGAGCAGAACACCCCUGUUGGAGGGCAGCCUGGACCAGACAUCCAUGAAGGUGGAAAAAAGGCGGCAAUGGUGACAGCACCUGUCAGUGCAAAAGCUGGGAGGCCGGUGAUGCCUCCACCUCAAGUGCCUCUGUCCACGUGUUCCACGUCACCUGCAAAAAUGGCCAAUGGCACUGCAGGCACCAAAGUGGCGCUGAGAAAGACCAAGCAGGCUGCCGAGAAAAUCUCAGCAGACAAAAUCAGCAAAGAAGCCCUGCUAGAAUGUGCUGACCUGCUGUCCAGUGCCAUUACAGAACCCAUGCCCAAUAGCCAGUUGGUGGACACUGGACACCAGCUGCUGGAUUAUUGCUCAGGCUAUGUAGACUGCAUCCCACAGACUCGCAACAAGUUUGCUUUCCGGGAAGCUGUGAGCAAACUGGAACUUAGCCUGCAGGAGCUGCAGGUGUCCUCAGCAGCUGCUAGCCUGCCCGGAACAAAUCCUGUCCUUAAUAACUUAUUGUCAUGCGUCCAAGAAAUCAGCGAUGUGGUUCAGAGGUAGCUACUGCCAACCUGGCUGGAAGACACACUUGCUGUUGAUGGGGAGGGGAAAAGGGACUUGUUUUUCCUGUGUUCUUGCUUUCAAAAAAUGAAAGACUGAUACUUGAGUGAGUUCAUGUGAAGUACCUCAGAUCACUGAGUUCUCACGUUUACAGGUUCAUCUCAGAAGUUACAAACACAAAGUGCAGGGGAGGGAAAGAAGGUGAGGGGGUGAUGAUAGGCAGAGUUUAGAAGCUGGAGAGGUGGCCUGUCAGUAAUUACCCUUAUUGGAAAAUCAGGUAAUGUAUGUGUGCUGCACCAGAGAGAGAAGUCAGACCCGCUUCUCCUGGUGUUGGGUGGGCUUGUCCAUCCUGGGCAGGGACGGGUCUCAUCUCAGUAACACUGGAGUGGCUGUGAGGCUCACACUCUCUGCACUGGACAAAGGGUUGCAGGGGAAAGAACCCUGGUCUCUUUGGACAUGCAGUUGUGAUCAUUCUGGCACUGACCCUAAGGUGACAUUGAUUGGGUCAGGAAAAGAGGGAGAUGCCCUGAGAGGGGCGUCCAUCACAGCUGUUGGAGGUGGCUGCUAGUGUUGUUCCCACAGUGUCAUUGCUGCUGUCUCACAACUGCAAAACAAUUUGAGAACCGCUGCCCUCUGUGUGCCCUCCAUCCUAUCACCCCAUUGUGUUUCUGUUGUUUCCGAGCGAGCCAUGCUGGCAAGUCUAACCAGGAUCCUUUUGACUGGCAGGGGCAGUUUUUCCUCGGUGGUCUGGCCCAGGUGCUAGCUGGCAUUCACUAAUGCUUCAGAGCUGCCACCCUGCUGGUCAUUGUCAGCAAGCUGUGGGCAUAAUUUUACCAGAUGGUGGUUUCCUCCAGUCCCUUGCUGGGCAAGAUGCCCUCUAUGUUCUUUAUUAGCAUUAGGAAUAUUAAUCAACACAGUAACUGGGCGUAUCAGUUGUCAGGCUACAAGCUUCCAGAGGACUCCUUUUCUCUGCUACAAGUAUCAUCAUGAUGCGCGCGCGCGCACACACACACACACACACACACAUUUUUGGCUCAGGUGGAUAGGGUACCUGAGAUGCUCUUCGGUUUCUUCAACUUCCUAAUGUGUUGUUGGGAGGGAAUAUGUUCAGGAGUUUGACACAUUUUCCUGAAAGCUCACUGUAGUAAUAAUAGCUAAAGUUCAUUUAGUUCUUUGAAGUUUUAUAAAGGCCUUUAAACUGUCAGGCCCAUACAUGGGGUUUAUAGCUCCCUCUCUAAAGCUCAUCUAGAAGAUCAGAUAAUUUUGGGAAUCACUGUUGGCUUCUGAUUUUUCCCCCAGCUCUCCACUAGAUUGUCUUUCAUAGGGGACUCAACCAUCACUGCCUGUCAGGGCCAACAUGCCCAUCUUGGUGAGUGGAGGGCAUCUUCCCAUCCAUGAGCUUUUGCCUUCUGGGGACCUUUUAGAUUGAUAAGCCCCUCGGGGAUCCAGUCCACAUCACCAGAGCCAGUUCUCACACGUGCUGCUGUAGCAUCUGCCUCUCAUGUUUGUCCUGAUUGAUGGAGCUUUUUGUUUGUAAGAAUCAGAUUGACAUAUUUGUCUUACCAUGGCAUUUUUAUCCCACAUGAGGCAUCCAGAACUUCAGGGAACAGUUCUUUGCAGGAAAAUAUUACUUAGACCCAGGGAAUUUGGUUGGAAUUAGAACUUGGAAUUCUGCCCUAGAAAAGAUUAAAUUUUCCUUUUCUUCUCCAAUCUAAGUAGGGAAGCUCAUUAGGAUUCAACAAAUAUGAAUCAGAGGGGCGAAGUGUUAUUAAUCCUGCAAACAGAAGACCAUUACUCUCUGCUACAUGCUCCGUCCAAACCUAUUGGAAUCCCAUUAGCAACAAAACACCAUUUUGCAACUUUUUUUCCUCCAGUGGAAGAUUGCCUUAGCUUUUAUAAGAUUGGAAUCAAAUGUUCAAUCCUGAGUUUUCUUUCCAUCACUGAUUAGCUGUCCCAGGCUUGCUUUUUCACCUUUUAAUUGAAGAUAAUACUUGUUUUCUAGGGGGUUAUUAAAAUUGUGUAGCUAUCUCUUGUACUUCUUUGGUUAAAAGCCCUUUAGUGCACAGUGCUUUCUUGGAUGGUUUUUCUUUCUUUUCAUGCUUCAAUACCAACUGUUAAUGAAAUUUAGAAAUGUGCUGAGCCCUGUGAGUGAUAUUAGAGCUGUAAGGGGCCACAGUGUUUUGGUUGGAGGUUUAGGUCUCUGACCAGGGAAAGGAGAGUGAUUUUUUAAUUAGAAGGAAAGCAAACUGGGUUAUUUAAUCAUUGUCGGAAAGAAGCAAGGUAUAAAGGAAACCUGAGAGGAAGAAAAAAAAGCAUCUUAUUUUUUCUUUCAAAUAUUUCUGUAAUGUCUUCAUAGUCCCUGCCAGUAUAGUACAUGCAGUAUGUAGCCAAGUUAAUUUAACUUUUUCCUCCUUCGGGUCCAUACCUCACAUGAGACAUGGUGAAAAAAAACAAAUCCGUUAGGAAAAGGAGGCAAAAAUGUUGGGUUCCUGAAGUAAACUUUUUCCUAACACUAAAGCCGUUUAAGUUCUUCCUUACUAACUCUGUGGUCAUCCUUGAUCAGUGAUGAUCUGUGGUAAAUAGGGAAUGUUCGCUCGGGUCUGUUAUGCACUCCAAUACAUACUACUACUUGCUCUUGCCCUUCCCCUAGGAUUUUAAAAGCAAAAGCUCAUGAUUGUGUUUGGAAGUACUGAAGUGAUACUAGUUAUGAAGGUCUUCCUUUGCUCCUGUUGUUAAAUUUUAACUAAGACCAUCAAGGGGUUUUUUGGUUCACUUUUUUUAGGAUGAGAAAACAGAUUAAAACUCUAGGAAGUGAUUAUGCCACUUUUCAAGUUUUUCCCUGAACGAGGGUAUGAAGUUAGGGCAUUGUAAUUGUUCCUUUAAAGAAUGCUCUUCUUUAGCAGGAUCUUCUUCCAUGGAAGCGCUGAAAACAAGGCUUGGUGAGAUUUCCUACUAAUGGCUAAUCACUCAGUAAUAGACUUGUAGUGACCUUGGCAGCAUGGGCCAGCCUGUCUGCCCUUCUCCCAGGGGGACUCUUGGGGACCUCAGCCAUACAGUUUCAGGACUCUAGUCAGUUUAGGGCUCUAGUCAGACACUGUCAGUUUGUUCUACAAAUAGGACAUAGUUUUUUGUUUUUUGUUUUUUUUAGUGUUUUUGUUUUUUUUUUUCCCAAAGCAAGUACUUUUGGAUUCAGAACCAUAGAAGACUGUUCCUGGAGAGCUCUAAGAGCCAGUGACUAAAACUGUAGAUUGACAUCUUCGUCUAGUCUGAGAAGUCUAGUCUAAGGAGAAGGCAAGGGGAAAAAACACAACUAAUAAAUGGCACUGAAAUUGUUUCUUGAAGGGUCAGUUAUGUUUUGCUUUUAAUUAGUCCUGUAAGCUGCCACUGCUCGAGUUCAUUUAUGUUAUGGAUAUGAUUCCUGAACUGUAUUUUCUAUCAGAAGCAACAUUGAUCUGUCCACUACAGUUUGCCUCACUUUAUACAAUAGAUAUCUUCAUUAAAGGUAAAAUUAAAACUUGUUGACUGCAUUCUAUUUUCCCACUAAUUUCCAUUAUGAUUUUCAGAGAUGUGUGCUUAUGGGAAGAAAAAAAAAACUUCAGAUAUUGGUCCAAAUACAGGCCACUCUUUUCUUCCUACCCUUCAACUUUCAGGGAGAAAAAUUAUGGCUUAUAUAAAACCUAUACGUGAGCUAUAAUUAGGCUCUUAGUACCAUGGACAGCUUAAGUCUCAUUGGUUUUCAAGAAGAAUCUAUAGCAACAGCUUCCCCAUCAGCUUAAACACACAUUAAUGGGGUUCAGGCCAGUUGCACCUAUCUGCAGUGUAAGUAGCAGCUGGAAGUAAUAUUACUCCCUUACCAUACAGCCCUGCCCUGAAUCCUUUGACUUAUAUCUUACUACGAAACCUAACUACUUACGCUCCCUCUCCUUUUUACCCAGGGCCAGAAAAGAUUACUUGGGGUAGAUGAUGGAAGAAGACUGUCUCAACCAAAGAAUUUGCUUUUUAUCCCAAGCCUCUGGCUCCAUGGAGCUUCAUGUUAGAGAGUAGAAAAGUAAUAGGAAAGAGUCAGGUGUGCUGCAUCUCCAAUGCCUGGCUUAAGGAUAGGAUAGAAUCAAAGAAGGAGGCUGUCAGUGGGGAGGAGAGAAGGAGAGAGUGACCAUCUGUGGUAGCCCACCGUAAUUUAAAAAGUCCAGUUUCCAUUCUAAGUUUUCCCACUUUCAUCUAAGUCUCACAUUUUUGUGUGGCAAAAUCUUAUUUAUUUGCUUUAGGGAAAAAAGUAAGUUUCUCCAAAAUAGGUUGGUGAUUUUUAGUAUGGCAACUUUAAAUAAUUAUUUUAAUGUAAACUUAGGUAUUUUCCUUUUAAAAAUUUACUUUUGGGGAUAUGACAUUUUUGCCAAUAUGGUAAUCAGAUUCAUACUUAAUUCUUUUCACUUUAAGGAACAUUCUGCCUUUUGGUAAGGCACAUGCCAUAUGUGUUCAGUUAAUCAUAGACUUUUAGAGCCGGAAUGGAUCUUAGAGACAUCUCAUCCAAUCCCUCUCAUUUUUCAGAUGAGACACAGUUUAAUUACUGUCUUGUGGUCAUACAGUGAGUUAGUGGCCUCUUCAGGUCUAGAACCCAUGUCUCCUGAUUUCUCAUCCAUUGCUUUUUUUCCCCACACACUAGGAUGCCUUACAUAAAAUUUUGCAAUAAUAAUAACUCCCAUUUAUAUAG